GGCGCGGGGCGGCGCGGCGAGGGUCGGGCAGGGCGAGCGAUGCCGGCCAGGGAGAGAGCGCCGGUUUGCCCCGUUGGAGUCCUUCGCGUGGUUCGUGGAGACACCGGGGCUCCUCCCUUCCCGGGCGCCUUGGCAGUGGAGACGUCGGAGGCACCCCACGUUGCAUCUGUGAUCGAGGAGCGAAAUCUUUCACAGAGACCCGAAUGGUGGGAUGGAAGGGAUCUUGCAGAUGAUACAGGAAAUCGACUUCGGUUCCAGUUGGAGUUGGAGUUUGUUCAGUGCCUAGCAAAUCCCAAUUAUCUCAACUUUCUUGCACAAAGAGGAUACUUCAAAGACAAAGCUUUUGUAAACUAUCUUAAAUAUUUACUCUAUUGGAAAGAACCUGAAUAUGCAAAAUACUUGAAGUAUCCUCAGUGUUUGCACAUGUUAGAGCUGCUCCAGUAUGAACACUUUCGCAAAGAACUGGUAAAUGCUCAGUGUGCCAAGUUUAUUGAUGAGCAGCAGAUUCUUCACUGGCAGCACUAUUCACGGAAGAGAAUGCGCCUCCAGCAAGCACUAGCAGAGCAGCAGCAACAAAACAACACCUCAGUAAAAUGAAAGGCACUUGGAAGAGUGAUGAUGUGUACUUCACAUUAAUUCAAGUAUUUAUAAGAAAGGAAUGAAGUCUUUGUCUUUUGUAGGUUUUGCUGUGUGUAUACAUUUAAUUUGUGAUUUGCCAGGUGACUUUGUCUUUCACCAGCUUGUAACAUUUUUACCAUAGCAGACUGAAACACCUACUUCUGCCAUUUCUUUUGUGGCAUGGGCAAUCUUGUUGAGUAUUGCUUAUGGUAUUUGUUCCUUUUGAAAACCAAGCUUACUUUUUGAGGGCCCUGACACUGCUGUAUCAACAAAAAAUGUAGUUCAGAAGUUUUUAUAGUAAAGGCAUGUUCUAUGGAGAACAAUGAUAUGUCUCCGAGCGACAUGACUAAUGUGUACUGCUCUUUAUAAGCAAAGCUGAAGUCAUUGCGGUUGUUGCACAAAAUUUAAUUUGUAAUUUUUUGCCUGGAAACAGAGCUGAGCUAUUACUUGUCCAUUCUGUUCACUUGCUUUUUUUGGGGAUGUGAGCAGGGGUGUCUUAAGAGUUCUCUUGAGAAUGUAUUUUAGAGACAAACGAAUUGUGAAGAGAUAAGGACUGCCAGAGUGGAGCAAAGAUAGGUAAUGAUAAACUUUAGUGGAACAGAUAGAGCUAUGGGCUGUUUUCUUCUUAGGUUCUGUUACAAAGAAGUUGUAAACACUUGCAAAAUUGGAGAAACAUUUAUCAUGCGUUCUUGUAUAGCUGUUGGGUUGUUGUUUUUUUCUGUAAGAGUGCAGAUCAUGGUAGCUGUGAGGGAUUUCAUUUUCAUAUUUUAGAUUGUGUUCAUGCUGCAUUCACAUUGUAUUUCAUACUCUUGUAGGUGCGGCAGCACAGUCCGUGACAGGGAGACUGUUAGCCCUCAGCUCAUCAUUCUUGGUGCUGAACAGAUAAGCUGUUAAACAUCUUAUUGAAAAUUUAUCUUUACAGCUUCAGCAGCUGCAUAAAAUUAGCUUCAGGAAGAAAAAG